CCACACAGCAAAUAGCUGUGAGAGCGUACUCCAUAGAGGGAAGUCGACAUGACAGUGAGCGGAGUGUUUUGCUGUCGAUGAACUCAUUAGAAGAAAGUGCACAGUUCUACGAGAUGGCGCGUCAUCCGCAGUGGUUUGCACGCCUGUGUGCCUCUCUCGCACCGUCCAUUUUUGGGUUGCAACACGUCAAGGAGGCCAUUGUUUUGGCUGUGGUUGGGGGCACGGCGCACACGAUGCGUACACGCAGUAACAUUCAUUUGCUUAUGGUGGGGGAUCCGGGUCUUGGGAAGUCACAAUUGUUGCGUUCUGCUUGCACCAUUGCAGCACGUAGUGCUUUUGUAUGUGCUCAUACGUCUUCCUCCUGCGGUUUGACACUCACGCUAACGAGAGAUCCAACUUCCGGGGAAACCGCCUUUGAGGCUGGGGCGGUUGUACACGGCGACGGAGGAAUUACUUGCAUAGACGAAAUUGACAAGGGUGUCACAGAACACAGGGCGCUUCUUGAGGUGAUGGAGCAGGAGACGGUGUCUAUGGCGAAGGCUGGGAUGGUGUUCUCCGUGCCGGUGCAUACAGCCAUUCUUGCUGCAGGUAAUCCUGCCGGCGGUCAGUUCGAUGAAUCAAAGGCAGUGACGGCGAAUCUCAACCUUUCUCCCGCGCUUCUCAGUAGGUUUGACAUUGUCGUGUGUUUACGGGACCCACACACGGAGUGUACCCGUUCCCUUUCGGAGCAUGUCAUGCGGUUGCACCGUCGACACGACGAGGCCGGGGCACGUCCCGCGGGAUGUAAAUCUGGGGGGAUAACACUUCCGGUCGAGUUGGUGCAGCGUUUUGUGGCCUUUUGCCGUCAUCACUGCCAUCCUUCUCUCCGCGAGGACGCGAGCGAAGUAUUGAAGUCACACUAUCUGAAGAGCCGCGCAGAGACAAAAGACGAUGAGUUGGCCGUCACACCACGGUUCUUACAAGCCCUGAUUCGCGUGGCGGAAGCGCGUGCCAAAGUUGAACUUCGUCACGAGGUAACAGCGGAGGAUGCAGAGUACGCCGUGGAGUUGUUGCGGCAAUGCUCUGGGAGUUUGCGCGGCAACCCACACACAUUGUCUGUUCGUCCCGCGGCCGCUAAAAAGAUGAGUCAGCGGGAGAUGAUUAUCAACGCUCUCAAGGCGGAGGUCUGUCGUACGGGUGUCAAUGCCCUUCCGUACCCAGUUGUUCUUUCCGCCUGUGAAGAGGCCGGCUGCCGCAAUGCCAAUGCCAUGCUGCACCAGCUGAACGAGGUGGGUGUAAUCCUGCAAAUUGGGGAUAAGUACCAGCUGCGUGGUGUGUAG